GACAGAGAGAGAGAUCACAGGGCGUUGCAAGCAAGGGGGAAAAUAUUGAUGAGGAUGAUGGACCUGAUGACGAAGAGUAGAACAAUGUGAUGAUGUGUGGUUCUGGACGAGACUGGAAUCUCGAAUUAAAUCAUAUCAGACAGUCGGAAGAGAAGAGGCAUAGUGACGAGAGAGUAUAAAAGAUAACAGACGGCCCCCACCAACUAAUUUCCCAGUUCACUCCACUGCCAAGUACUGUACAAGGAGCAUCAAUGGACCUGUCAAUCAACCUCCACCCUUUUCUCCUCCUCUUUUCCAUCAGUGGAGUUCUUGGAGUGUGCCCAGAUGGAUGCCAGUGCAGGGACAGCAAAAUCCUCUGCCAAGGCAGGUCAAUCACAGAGUUCCCGUCCUCAGUGCCUGGCUCUACCACCACCUUCUACAUCUCCAACACCAACAUUACCGCUCUCAAACCCCAUGACUUGGCUGCUUUUGCCGAGGCCCUUGGCAUCUUUGUGGUCAAAGACACUGGGAUCAGAGAGGUGUUCCCUGGCACCUUUGACCUCACCCAUAACUUGGGUGCCCUGGGCUUCACAGGCACUGAUCUGAAUGACCUGCCUGAGGCCCUGUUUCUAAACCUGGUGAAGCUGGAAUCUCUGACUCUGAGCGGCAACAAGCUCCUGGUGCUCCGCCCUGCCUGGCUCAACUCCCUCACUGCUCUUAGGACCCUGGACAUAGGCAAGAAUCUCAUCACGUCUGUCCCUGAGGAGGCCUUUCGCUCCGUCACUGAGCUGCAGCAUCUCUCCCUAGCCAGGAAUAACAUCAGUCAGUUCUCAAGGGACACCUUCAGGGGCCUGAGAAAUCUCAAAUCCCUGCGUCUGAACCGGAACGCUCUCAGGGAGAUCCCUGCCGGAGCGUUGGAUGACCUGGUGAGCCUGGAGGAGAUUUCUCUGCAGGAUAACGCCAUCACUCAUCUCCCCGCUAACCUGUUCUCCCAGCUGCAGAGCCUGCAGAAGCUUUAUCUCUCCAGCAACCGUCUGACUUCCCUCCCACAGGGGAUUUUCCUCAACCUCCCAAACUUGGCCCAGAUUUCCCUGUAUGAGAAUGAGCUCCAGAGUCUGUCCCCAGGGGUUUUUGGGCCCAUGGCCCUGAAGGAGCUGUGGCUGUAUGACAACCGGCUGACACACCUGGAGGGCAAAACUUUCAGCAACCUGACCCAGCUACGUCUGCUGGUGCUGAGCCGGAACCAGAUCAGCUCUGUGUCCCCCAGGGCCUUCAGUGGGCUGGCCGAGCUGGGGGAAGUGUCCCUGCACACCAACCUCCUCACCAGCCUGCGGGAAGGGACCUUCCAGGGGCUGCCCAAGCUGGUCAACAUAUCCCUCAAGCACAAUUACAUCAGCUCCCUCCCCGCAGGGCUUCUCCAGGGCCAGACCCAACUUGGCCAGCUGGUCCUCUACAACAACUCCCUACCCAACCUGCCCUCAGAGCUCCUCAGCACCCUAACGGUGGCCAAGGAGGUGUUGCUGGCUGACAACCCCUGGAGGUGCGACCAGGACAUUGUGCCACUGCGAGACUGGCUGACACGGCACCCCACCAAGACCAACCUCAGUGCUGUGGUGUGCCUCACGCCCUCUGCCCUGAGCGGUUACAGCAUAGCCAACCUGACCAACGACGAGCUGAUGCAGGAUACUACGUCAGCCAUCCCUGAUAUCGCCCCCACAGAGAAGAGGAGGAAACCCCACACCCCCCCUCCUAAGACGAGCACCCCCUCUCCUGCUGCAGAGGCCACACCCACCCAGGAGCAGGGGGAGGACACCGGCAGGGGGCGCGGGAACGGAGAGGGCUUGUCCAGGAACACGCAGAUCAUUAUCACCGCGGUGGUCUGCACCGCCAUCAUCAUCAGUCUCCUCGUCUGCUGCGUCUGUUGGAGGAGGAACAAGAGAGGCAGCCGCAACCUUGACCACAGGAACAAAAACAACUCGGUCAUCUAGACUGGCCCAGAGGCCUGAGCACCACAUAGGAGGUGUACUGUACAGUAAUGCUGAACACGCCUGAGCACCACAUAGGAGGUGUACUGUACAGUAAUGCUGAACACGCCUGAGCACCACAUAGGAGGUGUACUGUACAGUAAUGCUGAACACGCCUGAGCACCACAUAGGAGGUGUACUGUACAGUAAUGCUGAACACGCCUGAGCAAACAACCUUUGAUGUGGUUUUUCCCAAACAUGUUAGCACAGGAACCCAUCAUGUUGCUAUUAAGAACCCUUGACCAAGGACAGACGAGCUUGGCCCUGACUUUUGGGAAACUCCACUCUGAUGGAAUAAGUGGCUCUGAUUGGGAUUCCAUAAUAUGAUUACUAAGUCCCUCUUGAAGCUCUUUAGCAAGCUUGCUGUGGUCUGAUGUUUUGCACAACAAAAAAUAAAGAUAUCAUAAACUGUAACAAUAAUCACAUGAAAAUGGCAUGGAUGGUAUGCACAAAAUGCCAUGCAUGUUUUUCUUUUCAAUACUGGACAAAUACUUCAUACUGAACAAAUCUAAUGUUCAACAUAUAUCUAAUCACAUAGCUGUUGAUUUCCAAGUAAAGCUUUCUUUCUAUGAUUUA